UUCGGAGGAAAAAUAAAUUCCUUCACUACUGCAGUCUGUAGCUCACACUCAACUGGAUUUCCUUCUCUCUGUAAGUUAUGGGGAAUUUCUCUCGCCAAAUGGCGCUUUCGUCGGCGCUUUUGAAGCGCUUGCAAUCGCGCCAGGGAGCUCUCAACGCCGUCAAUUCGGGCGCCGCGAGAUCUUUUACGACGACGGAGGGACACCGCCCGACCAUAAUUCACAAGCGCAGCUUGGAUAUUCUACACGAUCCGUGGUUCAACAAGGGAACUGCAUUUUCGAUGACAGAACGUGAUCGUCUUGACCUCCGCGGGUUACUGCCUCCAAAUGUCAUGAGUCCUGAACAACAAAUUGAGCGCUUUAUGGCCGAUCUAAAGAGGCUUGAGAAGAGUGCUAGAGAUGGACCAUCCGAUCCAUACAGUUUGGCUAAGUGGCGAAUUCUCAACCGGUUGCAUGAUAGAAAUGAGACAAUGUAUUAUAAGGUUCUUAUCGACAACAUCGCGGAAUAUGCACCGAUAGUCUAUACUCCUACAGUUGGUCUUGUUUGUCAGAAGUACAGCGGCCUAUUUAGGCGGCCUAGGGGCAUGUAUUUUAGUGCACAAGAUCGUGGUGAGAUGAUGUCAAUGGUUUACAACUGGCCAGCAGAACAGGUGGAUAUGAUUGUUGUAACAGAUGGAAGCAGGAUACUGGGUCUUGGAGAUUUAGGAGUUCAGGGAAUUGGAAUUGCAAUCGGAAAGUUGGAUCUUUAUGUUGCUGCUGCAGGGAUAAACCCACAGAGAGUACUUCCUGUCAUGAUUGAUGUUGGAACCAACAAUGAGGAGCUUCUGAAAGACCCCUUGUAUUUGGGAUUGCAAGAGCAUCGCCUUGAUGGAGAGGAGUAUCUUGAAGUUAUUGACGAAUUCAUGGAAGCUGUUUUUACCCGUUGGCCUCAUGUGAUUGUCCAGUUUGAAGAUUUUCAAAGUAAGUGGGCCUUUAACCUACUGCAGCGUUAUAGGAAAGAGUACAGAAUGUUCAAUGAUGACGUUCAGGGAACAGCAGGGGUCGCUCUUGCUGGUCUUCUGGGAGCAGUCAGAGCACAAGGAAGACCUAUGAUUGACUUUCCUAAAAUGAAAAUUGUAGUUGCUGGUGCUGGAAGUGCUGGAAUAGGUGUCCUCAACGCUGCAAGGAAAACAAUGUCAAGAAUGCUAGGAGACACCGAGAUUGCUUUUGAAAGUGCUAGGAGUCAAUUUUGGGUUGUCGAUGCUAAUGGGCUUAUAACGGAAGCUCGUGAUAAUAUUGAUCCAGAUGCCCGUUCAUUUGCUCGAAGGGUCAAAGAGAUUGAGCGUCAAGGGCUGAGAGAAGGGGCUAGCCUUGCAGAAGUGGUAAGGCAAGUAAAGCCAGAUGUACUUCUUGGGCUGUCAGCUGUUGGAGGUUUGUUCUCAAAAGAGGUGUUAGAAGCUCUCAAAGAGUCAACUUCUACCAGACCAGCAAUAUUCGCUAUGUCUAACCCUACUAAAAAUGCUGAGUGCACCCCAGAGGAAGCAUUUUCCAUAGUUGGUGACCACAUCAUAUUUGGAAGUGGAAGCCCAUUCAGUAACGUUGACCUUGGGAAUGGUAAUAUUGGCCACUGCAAUCAGGCAAAUAAUAUGUUCCUUUUUCCCGGAAUUGGACUUGGAACACUUCUAUCCGGAUCUAAGAUCAUUUCAGAUGGGAUGCUACAGGCUGCAGCUGAAUGCCUAGCUGAAUAUAUGACCGAGGAAGAGGUGCAUAACGGGAUUAUCUAUCCGUCGAUUUCCAGUAUACGUGAUAUUACAAAGGAAGUAGCUGCAGCAGUAAUUACCGAAGCCAUAGAAGAAGACCUGGUAGAAGGAUAUCGUGAGAUGGAUGCACGGGAACUGCAGAAACUCAAUCAGGAUGAAAUUAGAACUUACAUACAGAACAAUAUGUGGAAUCCUGAUUACACGAAGCUGGUAUAUAAGAAGGAUUGAGAUUGCUGCUUAUGCUUAUGUUACACUGGUAAAUGGUUUGCGAAACAAUAUAUGAUAGCUCAGAUGUCACUGCAUAACCACUCUCGCAGUGGACUCAGCAGUAUCUGUUCAACUGUCCUUUUGUCUUUACCAAUAUUUCUAGAAAACUUAUUUAAAGUUGUAAAUUAAAAAUUUACAAUAAAUAGAGAUGUCAUGAUGUAGGAUGGUGAUAAUGCUUCUGGGUUUCCAGAAUAUAACAUUGUAAUGGUGCCAUAGUUAUAGUCAUUCAUCUUUGAUUA